AUUUGAAUCUCGUAUUGGCACAAAUUGAAACAUUUUAUUCAAUUGUACUCUCAUUUUAAAAUUUCGGUGCCCACAUGACGGCAGCAGACGGCCGGCUACAACCAUACUACAUAUAAGUAUCAUGAUUUUAUAUAAUAUAAUCGAAUGCGUUGGGCAUUGACGCACCUUGUAUGCGACUAUCACUUGCACAAGCGAAUGCACUCUUUGUUAAUUGUUACAGUUUCCUUCUUUGUCAAGUUUUUAAAAUAUAACCUAACUUUCUUAAAUUGACAAUUAUGCUUUAUUAUGGUAUCUCUAAUUAAACUAUGAAUAAUCAAAACAAGCAAACAUUGAGCCAGUCUCCUUACCAUUUUGCCGAUUGUAUAUAUUUUCCAGUAUUGUUUUAAAGGAUUGUUUUUAUCCUUAUAAUGGAAACGGAGACCGACACACAAUUGGCAACUCCCGGAUGCUCGAAACCAAUACACCUGCAGCGAAUCGAGAAUGCGACCAAUCUAACGUUCCUUAGAGAGAUUUGGGAUCAAAAUAGGGACGUCGAUUCGGAUACGACGGAGGACGAAGAUGAUGAGGUUAUUGUAGAUGAAGAAACUGUUGAAGUCGAUCAAGAACAAUACGAUGAGGGUCAAAAUGAAGUGGAACUGCAAGAUUUUUUUAAUUACAACCCAAACAAUUCGCAAAGGACAUGGCUAAUGAACGUGCUUCAGGAAGGCGAUCAGGAUAUUUGCGUGGACAAUUACAUUCAUAUGCAAAAGAUGAAUAUGGAACGGAAGAAGGUGCUUCUGUCUACACAGAAAAUAUCCCAAAACAUGUAUUAUAGCGUCGGCCUGCUAUCCAGCUGUGAUAAAUAUCCCGAAAUAAAAAAGGUGCGACCCAAACCAGCAAGGAAGAAAGUGAUCAAAGAGGAAACGGCCAAGUCUUCGCAUUGCAUGAUCUUUUCAGAUGUCGUCGACGAGAAUUCGAAUGAAGGUUGUCUGGGAUUGCAAAUGGAUAUGGAUGGUCACAUGCAGGACGAAGACGCCAACGUUCACUCUGAAAUGAGAAAUCACAUGGUACAGCCUGGACCUUCCGGACUUACUAAUAAGAAGAAAGCUCGCAAGUUUAAGGAUGAGGAAUCAAAACGAAAGUGGGAGGAUACCAUGACAGUAAAACGUAAAAAGGUGUUUACUAGCAUUGUUAAAAAGGAACUCAGUAAACAACACCGAGCAAAAAUUAAUAAACACAAAGAAAUGCUGAUGCAAUGUAAGCGAAUCGCUUUACAAUGUCAGAAAGUCGUCCGUCAAAAGGCGCUACAAUCUGCACGUGUCGUUAAAGAACAGCAAUGGCGUAUGAAGCGACUGGUGAGGGAGAAUUUAGCAUAUUGGAAGAGGUCUAAGCGGGUUGAUAGGGAAAUCAGAAGAAAGUUAGAAAAAGAAGCGGAGGAACAGCGUAAAAUAGACUUUGAAUUUGUCGAAGCCAAACGUCAGCAGAGAAAACUUAACUUCUUGAUUACUCAAACGGAAUUGUACGCUCAUUUUAUGUCGAAGAAAUUAGGAACGGGUUCGCCAGAGGAGCAGCUACGCAUCCUCAGCCAGCUAGACGAAGAGAAGAAUCCGCGUUUAUCUAACAUUGACGAUUAUGAUUGCGAGUUUAUGAAGGCGAAAGCUAAGAAAAAUGCGGAAGAGGCGUUUUUAAGUGAGAGAGCGCGAACGAAGCAUUUUGAUAUGCAAGCCAACUCGUUGAUCGAUUGUAAGAUGCUAGACUCAACGGACGGAGAACAUCCGCAGCCUAACGAAUUUCGUGGUACACUUAAGGGUUAUCAAUUAAGGGGCAUGAAUUGGUUAGCCAACUUAUACGAUCAAGGUAUUAGUGGGAUUUUAGCCGAUGAGAUGGGUCUGGGAAAGACUGUGCAAAGUAUUGCGUUUCUGUGCCAUAUAGCGGAGAAGUAUUCUGUUUGGGGACCGUUUUUGAUCAUCUCUCCAGCUUCUACUUUGCACAAUUGGCAGCAGGAGAUUGCAAAGUUUGUGCCAGAUUUUAAAGUUGUCCCGUACUGGGGAAAUCCAAAUGAGCGGAAGAUUUUACGUCAAUUUUGGGAUCAUAGGGAUAUGCAUACGAAACAGGCCAGUUUCCAUAUCGUCGUGACAAGUUAUCAAAUAGUUAUCACCGAUAUUAAAUAUUUUAACCGAAUUAAAUGGCAGUAUAUGAUUUUGGAUGAGGCGCAAGCAAUAAAAAGUACCAGCAGUAUGCGUUGGAAAACACUUUUAGGUUUCAGCUGUAGAAAUCGACUGCUUUUGAGUGGUACGCCGAUACAAAAUAGUAUGGCCGAGUUAUGGGCGCUGUUGCAUUUCAUCAUGCCCACACUUUUCGAUUCACAUGAGGAAUUCAAUGAGUGGUUCUCGAAGGAUAUCGAAAGUCAUGCGGAAAAUAAAACUGGAAUUGAUGAAAAGCAUCUUUCAAGGUUGCAUAUGAUCUUGAAGCCGUUCAUGUUACGCCGAAUUAAGAAGGAUGUAGAGAACGAACUCUCCGAUAAAAUUGAAAUCAUGCUGUUCUGCCCGUUGACAAUGCGACAGAAACUAUUGUACAUGGCGUUGAAGCAAAAAAUUCGCAUAGAGGACCUGCUGCAUUACACGGUUGGAGGAGGCGAUUCUCACCCUGUCGAUAAAAAUUUCACUUCAAAUUUAAUGAAUUUAGUUAUGCAAUUUCGAAAGGUGUGCAAUCAUCCGGAAUUGUUUGAAAGGCGAAAUGCCAAAUCACCUGUAUAUAUUGCUCCGAGGGAGUACGUCAUACCUUAUUUGGUUUACGAUUUUAAUGCACGAAAAGCAAAAUUUCAGAACAUUUAUCGUUAUUUUCAUUUUACUACUCUGUAUAUAUUGCAGUCUUGUAUAGAUAGUGAUAGUAUAUUUAAUUUUUUAAAUUUUAUGAAGUUAUCAGCUCAGGAUCUAUAUAGAAUUUUCUAUGGUAGUAUGUUGCAGAGGUGGCAGUCGUAUUAUGAUGCGGAGCAGAACGAUAUUAAUUACUAUCAUAGAGCGACAAUUUCCGACAAUGUAAAGCCAAACUUAUUACUGUUUAGGCCGCUGCUACGAAUGUCGGUACCUGCUAUUACCUUAAGUACAGUAUUUAAGAAUUUAGUAUUCACAUCUGCAAGUUGUGGUGAACGUGUUAUUUAUACUCAUACAACUCACACUUAUCAUUACAUGUCCGAAACUGUGGAACACAAAAACAUUAGGUUUAAAAGGGGUCAUUCGGAAGAAAGCGAAUCUGUGAUUGACGUUGUUAAUGAUUGUAAAAAAGAACUGCCAUGCGAAAACCGACGCCCUCAAGUUCUCGAAUGCGAACCGACCGCAUUACCUGGAUUUUUAUUCGCGUUAUUACCUAAAAUACAUACAAGCCUUCCGACGCUGUACUGUUAUUCACGGCGUGCGAUGUGGGAUUGGAAUCGUUUCAUAGAUGACUACUCGUUGCCGGCUUGCAAAUACUAUUGGUCCACGGCUACGCGUACCGAAAUAAAAAAUAGCGGCUACUAUAUCGCCCAGCCGUCUGUCGAUUUAUUCGGCUCUAUUAGGCCUCGCUACGGAUGGUCAAAUAUUUUAAUUCCAGAUAAAGAAACUUUGGUGACGGAUUCUGGAAAAUUAUCAGUAUUAGAUUCAUUGCUCAAGAAGUUAAAGGAAGAUGGUCAUCGAGUGCUCAUUUAUUCUCAAAUGACAAGGAUGAUCGAUUUACUUGAGGAGUACAUGUGGCACAGGCACCACAAGUUUAUGCGUUUGGACGGUUCCUCUAAGAUAUCCGAAAGAAGAGAUAUGGUUGCCGAUUUUCAAGCUCGAGCAGAUAUAUUUGUAUUUUUGUUGUCAACCAGAGCGGGGGGUCUCGGAAUUAAUCUCACUGCUGCAGAUACGGUGAUAUUUUACGAUAGCGAUUGGAAUCCCACAGUGGAUCAGCAAGCGAUGGAUCGAGCUCAUCGACUAGGUCAAACCAAACAAGUCACAGUGUAUAGGUUAAUUUGUAAGGGGUCAAUAGAAGAACGUAUCUUACAAAGAGCUCGAGAGAAGAGCGAGAUCCAAAAAUUGGUAAUAAGCGGAGGAAAUUUCAAACCCGACACUUUGAAACCCAAAGAAGUAGUAUCUCUUUUACUGGACGAUGAAGAGAUUGAGCAAAAAUAUCGUCAACGUACAGAAGAACGUAAACUAUUGGAAGAUAUGCGCGAACAAGAAAGGAAGCGGAAGCAAAUGGCGUCGUACAAGGCUGUUCAUAUGGCGAACCCAGAAACAAAGAAAAUUAAAAUUGAAGGUUCAGAAAGUGGAAUCGAAGAUUCGCUACAACCAAUGGACAGCGGUCCAAGUAGCCCACACAGUGAUCAAUCUCCUAGCGUAGCGGGCGGUGAAGAUGUGAAUGAUUUUAACUUUUUAGAUGUUGAAGGAGACUCGUCUAUAAAUAACAAAUAUACAGUUUACAAUAUUUAUGGCACAACAGUCAAACCGAAAAUUCCAGGGCGCGGUUCAUCCAAAAGAGGGCGACCAAGAGGUUCAAGGCGUGUUUCCGCUCUUGGAAGGUUCAACAACUCCGCAACUACACCUAAUAAUUCUAUGCACAUUGAAACAAACGAUCCCUUCAGCUCAAUCGAAUCUUCGCCAUCAACGUCUAUAUCAUCCGGAAGUUUAGGAUAUCACAGUUCUCCCGGCACAAGUAGCACAGUGAUUCGUCGUGGUCCAGGAAGGCCUCGUUUAAAACCUAGUGGUCCCAGUAAUUCAGGCCCCAGAGGUUCCUAUCGGCCGCGAAGGCCAGCGAGGCCCCUUCCCGUCCCGUUACCUACAGACGGUGGGGGAGGUUCUAAUACUACCGCUAAUUCUGGAUAUUCUGCCUAUCUGUACGAUUAUGCGGAUCAACCUUCUGAUUCUCAAUACUGAUCUCUUUCGAAUUAACUUGUCCAUUUUAUUAGUGUUGUUUCACAUUUCACUAUAGAAAUUGUAAAUAAAAGAUCCUAAUUGGCGGUGCUACAUAAGUUACUUCGUUAUAUAUCAAACCAAUUUCUGUUCCCACCAAAAUACUGCCUGUUCAUUCUGCUAUUUAAUGGCAAAGAGUAACAGUAUUCUUUGGUAAUGGCAAUAUUAUGUAUGUUGGAAAAAUCAAUUUGUGCUAUUGACAAAUCGAGGCGUUUUUAGUCAUUUCCAGUCAUUUUAGAACCAUUAGUAAAUAUGUUUACGUUGUUUUAUGUUUUUUUUAUAUUAAUGCAGACACUUUGAAUUGUUUUAUAUUUGAUGUCUGUUACUGUAUAUAUUACUUAAUAUUUUUCUGCCUUUGUUUUAACAGAAUUGUUUUUAAAAUGUACACUAUUUACCUAUAAUACGCGACCAACUGUAAGUGAAAGACAAUUAAAUAUUAUUUCAAUUA